UCAUAUGCACCUGGCAACCCUCCUGCCUGUGGGUGAUGAAUAGGAAGUCCUGUGCAGUGUGUUUAUCUUCACCACGCGUGAUUAAUAUACUAAUAACUCCCUCACAGCAGCAACAUAACUCAAGACAUGAUAUUAAAUCGGAUCAGAUCGGAUCGGGUCUGAUCUGAUCUACCAAUUAGACAUCAUUUCUUGAUGAGUAGUUUUUGACAGGAAUAAUCCGGGGUAUGGGAGCUGUGUGGAGCCCAGGGCGAUGGACCAUCGGAUUAAAACAUUUUAUUAUUUUUACAUCUUUAAUUAAACCCUGAAAUCAGGUUCGGUCUGAAUCUGCACCAUGCCGGGGAAGCUGAAGGCGAAGAUCAUGGCGGGGCGACAUCUGCCCGUCAUGGACCGCGCCAGUGAUCUUACCGACGCGUUCGUGGAGGUAAAAUUCGGAAACACGACUUUUAAAACCGACGUGUUUCCGAAGUCCCUCAACCCUCAGUGGAAUUCCGAGUGGUUCAAAUUUGAGGUGGACGAUGAGGAUUUGCAGGACGAGCCGUUGCAGAUCACGGUUCUAGAUCACGACACGUACAGUGCGAACGAUGCCAUAGGGAAAGUGUACAUCGACAUCGACCCGCUGCUCUGCAAUGAAGCCGCCACUGUCAUCUCCGGCUGGUUUCCAAUCUACGACACCAUUCACGGUAUACGGGGAGAGAUCAACGUUAAAGUUAAAGUGGAUCUCUUUAACGAUCUGAACCGUUUCAGACAGUCCUCCUGCGGAGUGAAGUUUUUCUGCACCAUGUCCAUUCCGCGAUGCUACCGUUCCUCGAUGGUCCACGGCUUCGUGGAGGAGCUGGUGGUCAACGAGGAUCCCGAGUACCAGUGGAUCGACCGCAUACGAACCCCGCGAGCAUCUAACGAGGCUCGGCAGAGACUCAUUUCUCUCAUGUCAGGUGAGCUCCAGAGGAAGAUCGGGCUGAAGGUGUUGGAGAUGGGUGGGAACGCAGUGGUUGGUUACCUGCAGUGUUUCGACCUGGAAGGAGAAUCCGGCCUGGUUGUGCGCGCCAUCGGUACCGCCUGCACGCUCGAGAAAAUCAGCAACACACAUGCACCCGCAGGGGCCACACACCCCUCCAACUCAUCUCCAUCUAAAGAUAUGAAAGACUCUCCGCAGGCUGCUCCUUCUGCUCUUGGAUGUCGCUCUACUCACAGCAGUCCGGUUCACAGUGCGAGCAGCCGCCUCUCUCAGGGCUUCUCCGUUUCCGUGCCGACUCUGCUCUUCGCUGGUAUGAAACACAGACACAGGAGCUCAGAGGGUCCCAGAGCCAGGCAGUGUAGGGCGGUUUUCGGGGAGGAGGCCCCUGGCAUCCCGUUGUGCUCAGGACCCCCCACCCCACUGAGAGCCCAAACCUUCUCUUCCUUCUCCCCCUCCAAGUCCUACAGCCGCCAGUCCUCCUCCUCCGACACUGAGCUGAGCCUCACCCCCAAAACCGGUAUGGGCAGCGGGGGCAGUGCCGGGAAGGAGGCGGGGCCUCUGAAAGCACUUCUGAGACAACAGACACAAUCAGCUUUGGAGCAGAGGGAAUUCCCCUUCUUUACACUGACCAGUUUUCCUCCUGGAUUUCUGCUGCAUGUGGGGGGAGUGGUCAGCGCACGGUCAGUCAAGCUUCUGGACCGAAUCCACAACCCUGAUGAGCCGGAGACGCGAGACGCCUGGUGGGAGGAGAUCCGACAGGAGAUCAAGUCUCACGCUAAAGCUCUCGGCUGUCAUGCAGUGGUGGGAUACAGCGAGUCCACCAGCAUCUGUGAGGAGGUGUGUAUCCUGUCGGCGUCGGGCACAGCAGCGAUCCUCAGCUCCCGCUUCAUGCAGGAUGGCGUGCUGGACACAGAGAACAGGUUAGAUGAUGUCGUCCCCCCUGCUUGUGGGUUUUGUCACAUCCCAUAUGAUGAGUUAAACAUGCCGUUUCCGGCUCAGCUCACCUACUGCCACUGCUGCCGCCGCCAUAAAGUCCCUGAUGUUCUCUUCACUACAAUAGACGUUCCAUCUGAAGCCCACGUCACCGGCAAAGGCUGUCUUAUACAGGCCAGGUUGUGUCGUACUAAGAAGAAGGCUCAGGGUGAGGGAAACGCUACAGCCAUCAGCAACCUGCUGCCAUUCCUAGAGUACGAGCUGCACACACAGCUGAUGAACAAGCUGAAGCUGCGUAGCAUGAACGCUCUGUUCGGCCUGCAUAUCCAAAUCAGCGUGGGAGAGAACAUGCUGCUCGGCCUGGCUUCAGCCACAGGUGUGUUUCUGACAGCACUCCCGAGUCCAGGAGGAAUCCAGAUUGCAGGAAAAACCUCCAGUGACAUCACAUAUGAACAGCAUCUCUCAAACAUGCAAAGGAAAAUUAACGACGCUAUCAUCAAGAACAAAGAUCUGUACGAGAUUAACCCCCCAGAGUUUGUCGAGGAGCUGAUUGGCUCGCCCAUCCCUGAGCCCCGGCAGAGGUCCCGCCUCUUUCGCUCGCACUCUGAGAGCUCAGACGAAGUGUCAGAGUUAGACCUGUCUCACGGGAAGAAGGACGCUUUUGUUUUAGAGAUCGACGAUACAGAUGCUUUUGAAGACAUUCAUUCCCUCCUCACCGAUGCCCCGACACCUGCAGGGUUCUACAGUUGCAACACUGAAAUCAUGCCUGGGAUUUAUAACUGGACUUCAGCAUUACAGAUGUUCACGUCUGUGAGAGUGUUCCGACUUAGCAACGCAAAUCUGACCAAUCAAGGCCUAAAUAAGAUCUUCAAUGAUCUGUGUGAGAACCUGCUCAAGAGUCUGUACUUCAAGUUGCGCUCCAUGGUGCCCUGCUGUCUGUGCCACGUGAACUUCGCUGUCGCUGUACCUGAGGAUGAGCUCAUACAGGUGGCGGUGACGGCGGUGGCCAUGAGCUUCGAUAAAGAACAGACGCAGGAGAACGGCCGGCAUAGCGGAGAGAAAACACUUAUUAAAGUUCCAGAAAACGAAGAGCAGCUUCAGUUCUCUUUAGAGCUCCCUGCUGAAUCCUCCUCCUCCUCCUCCUCCUCCAACCCUCUGAGCUCCUCCAAAGGUUUGUCCGAAGUUUCAGGAAGUCUCCCGAGUGCUCGAGCCCCCUCAGUUGAUUACAGUUCCUUUACAGACAGAUGCAGUUCCUGGAUAGAGCAGCUUAGACUGAAAGCUCACACCAUAAGACGAGGAUCAAUUAAAACAAUGUCCUCUUUAGAGAAGUCCAGUCCGUUGCCUGAAGGGCGUUCUCGUUCUCUGAUCAGUCGUUCGUUCCCUGGAGGUUCUGUCACUGUGGUUAAAAUGACGCCGCUGUCUUUCAUUCCUCGAACCAAGAUAAUAAAAUACCUCGGCAUCAUCAACAUGUUCUUCAUCAGAGAGACCACCUCACUGCGUGAGGAGGGUGGUGUGAGCGGGUUCCUGCACUCGUUUAUAGCGGAAGUGUUUGCUAUGGUACGCGCCCACGUUGCUGCUCUGGGGGGGAAUGCAGUCGUCUCCUACAGCAUGAAGGAGUGUGUGUUCAUGGAGAACCCUAACAAAAACCAGGCCCAAUGCCUUAUCAACGUGAGUGGAGAUGCUGUGAUUUUUGUCCGAGAGUCUGAACUGGAGGCCACGCCCCCUCAACCACAAAUGUCCUGCAGUGGAGAGGGAACUUGAACUCUUCUUACACACACACACAAAUACACACACAUAAACACAUGCAUAUUAUUUAUUGUAACAAGCCAAGAAGCAAGUUCCAAAGAAAAAACAGAGCCAAACACAAGUGUAGAUUUCCAGCCAAUCAGCAGCGAGAACACGGACGAGUCGUUAAUCAAUUAAAGUUCAUAUUUGUGAUGAAACGAGGGAAAAUCUUCGUCUGUCGACCAUUUUGAAGACAUUCCAGUGGUCCUGAGGAAGCCGAGGCAGCUAAGAGCUUUAAGCUAAACUCAUGCAAUGGGUUGUGUAGCGUGUGUGUAUGAGUGUGUAUAAAUGAGAGAGAGAGAGAGAGAGAGAGAGAAUGACGAACCGAGUCGGCACUGACGCCAUGAUUUAUUCUCCUCCUUCCUGUUUGAUAUGUCAUUAUUAAAGGGGCAGUUUGUAAGGUUAGCGCCCUCUGCUGCCUGCAAGGUUAAGUUAGUUUUACCUGACACACACACACACACACACACACACUGAUUUUACAGCACAUGCUUUAUCGGCUUCUUAUUACAAAUUUUACGCUGUGUUUUUAUUUAGGGGUGGAGCUUAUUUCAGGGCCAGAAAUAUGUAUUUGAGGUAAACAGGAAGCAGAAUUGCAUUGCAACUAAUAUUUUGACGUGGCAAUAUUCCAAAUCUAUUAUUGUUCAUCUUUAAAAAAUGCUUAUUAUUGCACAUGAACAUUUUAUGAAAUAUAAGAAAAACUGCAGUGGGGGGUGGAGCUUAUAUAUAUAUAUAGAGAGAGAGAGAGAGAGAGAAUAUCUGGGGGCGGAGCUUAUUUCAGGGCCAGAAACCCAUAUACAAUAACCAUUAAAAACCCCUCACAUAGAUCACAACUCCUCUAACUUUAGAUCAAAAAAGUUGAAAGUGGGAAAACUUAAAAAUGUACAAAAAAUAAAGUGUGUAACGAAACAAAGGAAUGAAGACGAAUCACGCUGAUGACCUUAUAAACCUUACAGACUGCACCUUUAACGUCUUCUGUACAAAUCACGUGCUACUGAUCAGAUCACUUUUCUCUUUCUUGUUCUAAAAAUGCUGGAAUUUUUCGUUUUUCUUUUGUGUGUUUAAUUGUUGCUGCAUGUGCAAUGCCAGCUCCUCCUUUCAGCAGCGUGAUGUUCAGGUGACAGGAAGCCAAAAGCAGAUGCCCAGAGGAGACUUGAAUGUACAGGGUGAUGAAGCGCUGAUUUGAUGUGAUGGGCAGCGAGAUGAUCCUGUGCUGCUGUUUUCUAGAUGUUGCAUGUGUGUAUGAGGACAAACCGAAUGCUGCACAGUAAUUAAAUGAUCCCUGUGUAAUCA